AAGAUGGCAAGGAUGUUCGUGACUGCUUUACAAACUGCCACAUGCAUUCGUUCUUAACAUAGAGAAUGAACAUGCGCUAGGGAACAUCGACACGCGUGUCACCCAUAACAUCAGCUCUGCGCUCGCCAAACAGCAUCGUAUGUCUUUAAGAGCGCGCGCAUUACAGGUGGGAUGACGCUGUCAGAUAGAUAGAUUCGGUGUGGUGGGGACGAUGCGUUUCGUGGGUUAACGGCACUCGUUUCUGCCCCUCUCUCUGAUGCUAAGAAAAAGGUGGCGGUCUGUUAUUCGCUGCCGAAGACGGCUUCGGGAUUAUUCUCUUCAGAUCCGAGGCUAAUGCUGUAUCCAUGUGCAAUGCUUUUGACAGCACUACCCCAACUGAAUCUAAAGGUUGAUGACCCUAUUGAUAUGCUCCCCAAGUCAAGAAAAUCCCUUAGCAUCCAGGAAAUUGCAGCUCUGGCCAGAUCAUCAUUCAACGGCAUCUCACAGGUGGUGAAGGAUCACGUGACCAAACCCACAGCUAUGGCUCAGGGACGGGUGGCACAUCUGAUUGAGUGGAAAGGCUGGUCUAAGCCCUUAGACCCUCCAUCUGCUACACUGCAGUCCCACUUUAACUCAUACUCCCAUCUCAGUGAGGGCGAACAGGAGGCCCGAUUUGCAGCAGGUGUGGCUGAGCAGUUUGCCAUAGCAGAGGCAAAGCUUCGUGCCUGGACCUCUGUAGAUGAGGAAGAUAUGGAUGAUGAGACUUGUGAAGGAGAUCCUAGUGUCAACGACGAGCAAAUCACAACAACUCAGAGCUCAGAUGACGUACUGUCCAAUCAGAGCUGCCCAGUGCCAAAUCAGGCUGAGACCGACAAUGCUGAAAUCCAGUCCUCCGAUGGCCUGCUCAUCCAGUCAGAUGCAGACCGGAGCACGCAGGAACUGUCCUCCACCCAGACUGAGCCGGACAUCUCAGAGGAAGAAACACAGGGGGCUGACGAACCUCAACUUUCACAGGAGGAGGAAGAAAGAGCCUCUAAAGCAGAUCGCAGGCCUCUGUGGAGCAAGGGAGACUCUUGCUACUACUCUACUUCCUACUCUGAAUCCGGUCUCACACCCGAGGAUGAAGAGGAUGGAGGAGAUGUGGAGGAAGGAGAGGACAACGUCUUUCAGGAAGUCAUCCGCUGGUACAAACGCUGCAGAAGCAUCUCUGAUACGUCUGGAGCUUUGUCUUUUGAUGAGGUGGAGGAGGAAGAAGAACAGGAAGAAGGUUCCAAGCAGUGACAUUGUGCGCCCUCUCUCGUCCUUUUGUCUUGGUCCCUUUGUAGUAUCCCUUCUGUGAAGUGUUUGUCCAGUCUGUUAUGCAUUCAGAGACAGUGGCUGUGUAUGAAAGCUAAAAGAGCUGCCUUCACACAUAGUAUAGGGAGUUGGGGAUGGUUAUAUCCAGUGUAUGUGUAACAUCCAGUCUUCUAAGAUGCCUUCAUCCGUUUGGGUUUUGAAGUCUGCAUAGUUGUUUCCUUCGCUGUCUGUGACAUCCCACAAUCCUAUGCGUGCAGGUGGGACAGUUGGUGGAAAAAUACAAUUUUUAAAGAAAUGAAUUAGUUUGUAUUUGUCAAUAUUCUCUCAACAUUUCUUUCUGAUAAAUAAGAAUGUGGAUAUAUCUUCUCAAUAUAGUCAUGGUUACCGCUAAGACUUGGAUGCUGUUAGGAGGUUCACAUACACAAAAGCUGCCUGUGAGGUCAUUGGCUGACUGCUUUCGCUUCAGACGCAGCCAAUGAUUUGUUUUCUUCUUCACGUUUUAUCUCAUCCUCUAUAUCCUUGCCUCUUUAUCUCUGUGGUUUUUAUUUUAAGCGAGUUAAUAAACAGAAGAGAACCGUUUUCUCAUUUGACCAGCGAACAGGAGGAAAGUGACACAGUUUCCACUGUGGCACGUGCCGUGUUCCGGAUGCUCAUUAUCUGUGAGUGACGACACACCAGGACUGUCUGGAAUAUCUCUGUGAGGAAAAUGCGUUUUCCUUUCGUGACCAUUCAAAAGUGACGUAAUACUCAUUGGAAAUUUGCGGUGUGGUUAAUACUUCAGGUCCGCAGUUUCCCGAGAGACAAGACCGAUCAAGUUCGUUAUUUUCAUUUGGAUUAGAUGUCGCGCUGGAAGUGCUUGUGUGUUUUGGCUUGCUCCAGAAGAGCUGAGGUGCAGUGGGAGUUGAUCUUCUUCGACGGGGCGUUGUAUCUCUGAAUAGAAUGUGCCUGUUAUUAUUAUGAUCACUGUGUGAUGUAUAUUAAUGAAACGAGUGAGAAUCCUUUAUCAUUCUUCCGUUCAUUCUGAUCUUCAGCUUCACUUCAGUAGAUGUUUUAUAUGUGAUUGGCUGCUGAAUGAACAGGCUUUUUUGUACAGCUACUAGUUUGUACAACCUUAAGAUGCAGCUACAGUAAAAGGGUAGGCAGGAAGAAUAUGUGCAAUGCCUUUCCAAACUGUAUUCAUAUGUUCCAGAAGCAUGGAGAAAAGGCAGUGUAAAACCCAUAAGAUAAGUUACCAUUUUCUUCUGUCAUCUUUUCCUCGCUAUGGACCGGUCAUGAUGUGAAUGUGUAAAUCCCCCAUGAAAAUUUUUUAAUUGUUUGUAUGAAAAUGUGAGGUCAGAUGUGAGAAUUAUGAUUGCAUUAAAGUUAUGUGUAUAUUCA